AUGGGAUUCAGCCUCUCACGACAACUUUUGGUGCUGCUGCUGCUGCCGCAAACUGACUGUAAGAUGAAUCCUGUCGUGUGCAACGUGGAUGAUCCCCUCCAGAUGCGAUACCAGUAUUACCAACCGGGAGAUCUUAUCAUUGGUGGGAUCACUUCUCAAUUCCUCUCCAUUUCUGAUCUCAUAUCCUUCACAGAACACCCCAAAACAAAGCUAGCAGAUGAGCCUGUAGUAGUGCCAAAGAAUUACCAGCAUGUCCAAUCUUUGGCAUUUGCCAUCAAAGAGAUCAACGGAAAUUCCAAGAUCCUACCCAACCUUACUUUGGGGUUCCACAUCUAUGAUAGCUAUUUUGAUGCAAGGAUGACUUAUCGGAAUACCUUGAAUCUCCUCUUUAGUCAGAAUAGAACUGUUCUCAACUACAACUGUAAGAUCGGGAAGAAUCUAAUUGCAGUCAUUGGGGGCUUGGACUCCGAAACCUCCUUCCACAUGGCCAUGACUUUAAAUAUUUACAAGAUUCCACAGAUCACCAAUUGCUUGUUUGCUCCAGCAGUGAGUGAUACAAUGCAGCUCUCCUCAUUGUACCGGGUGGUCCCCAAUGAAGCCCAUCAGUACACUGGGAUUGUUCGACUUCUUCAGUAUUUCCAGUGGCAGUGGGUUGGGAUCGUUAUCAUGAAUAAUGAUAAAGGAGAGAAGUUUGUGCAGACUCUGGCACACUUGUUUUCUCAGAGUGGGAUCUGUAUUGCCUUCACCGAAAGGAUCCCCAGCCAAGGUCAUAUUUUAGACUUGGUUGAUCUGAUAGACACUUUUCUCAAUAUGACAAUUGUCCUACGCAAGGCAAACGUCAAUGUCAGCCUAGUGAGUGCAGACUCUCAUAGUAUGCUAUGUCUCCAGUUUGUGCUGACUCUAAUUGAACCAGGUGCUACGAAACCUAUCCAGAAGGUGUGGGUUAUGACAGCCCACUGGGAUUUCUCAUCAGAAACGUUUCACAGGGACCUGGAUAUACAAGUCUUCCAUGGGGCCAUAUCCUUUGCUAUGCAUGCCAAUGAAGUGCAAGGGUUCAAAGCCUUCCUUCAGACUUUAAAUCCCAGCUCCGUGGAAGAUGGUUUUAUCAGGGUCUUCUGGGAGCAGGCAUUCAACUGCUUGUUUACAGAUUCUGAUGGUAGUGAGAAGAGCUGCACUGGGCAAGAGAUGCUGGAGACCCUCCCUGGUCCAUUCUUUGAAAUGAGCAUGACGGGUCAAAGCUGCAGCAUCUAUAAUGCCGUCUAUGCCGUGGCACAUGCUCUACAUGCCAAGUAUUCUUCCAGAACCAAGCGGCAAACAAAGACAGAUGGAAGCAUUCUGGACCACAUGAAGAUGCAGCAAUUUCAGCUUCACUCUUUCUUGAGAAGCAUCUCGUUCAACAACACUUCUGGGGACCAGGUGUCUUUUGAUGAGAACGGUGAAUUGAUCGGUGGAUUUGAUGUUAUCAAUUGGGUCACAUUCCCAAACCAGUCCUUCUUAAGAGUGAAGGUGGUGCCUCUUUCUCUCUGUAAUGCCCAUUGCGAUCCAGGUUACAGCAAGAAAAGAAAAGAGGGGGAGCCGUUUUGUUGCUAUGAUUGUGCUACAUGUCCAGAAGGGAUGGUUUCAGACGAGCAGGAUGUGGAUGACUGUUUCAAAUGCCCAGAAGACUCAUAUCCUAACAACGAUCAAACUGGCUGCCUUCCAAAGCAGAUAAAUGUACUGUCUUAUGAUGAACUGUUGGGUAUAAGUUUGGCUGUUUUGGCUCUGUGUCUUUCGCUCACCACCGCUGCGGUACUUGGAAUCUUCAUCAGGCACCGAAACACUCCCAUCGUCAAAGCCAAUAAUCGAGAACUCACCUACUGUCUGCUCAUUUCCCUCCUGUUCUGCUUUCUCUGCUCUCUCCUGUUCAUUGGCCAGCCUCAAGCACUGACCUGCCUUCUACAACAAACUGUUUUUGGUGUUAUCUUUGCAGUUGCUGUUUCUUGUGUGUUGGCCAAAACUAUUAUUGUAAUUCUGGCUUUCAUGGCCACUAAGCCGGGAUCUAAGAUGAGGAAAUGGGUGGGGAAAAGAAUAGCAGUCUCAAUUGUUCUUUCUUUUUCAUCCAUCCAGGCAAUUAUUUGCAUGAUAUGGCUAUGUACUGAUCCUCCAUUCCCCAAUUUUGACACGCACUCUCUAGCAAAAGAAAUCAUAAUGGAAUGCAGAGAAGGAUCUACCAAUAUGUUCUAUUACAUUCUGGGCUACAUGGGCUUUCUUGCUCUUGUCAGCUUCCUUGUGGCUUUCUUGGCUAGAACACUGCCUGACUCAUUUAAUGAAGCCAAGUUCAUCACUUUCAGUAUGUUGAUGUUUUGCAGUGUGUGGGUGUCAUUUGUCCCAACUUAUCUCAGCACCAAAGGGAAAUAUAUGGUGGCCGUGGAGAUCUUCUCCAUCUUGGCCUCUGGUGCUGGGUUACUAGGCUGCAUCUUUUCCCCCAAAUGUUAUAUAAUUAUUUUGAGACCGAAAUUAAAUAGUAAGGAGCAACUAAUAAGGAGAAAGAUUUAA